GUAACGGGAGUGGGUGGCUCUCCCUGCCUGCUCCUCCUCACAAAAGAUUUAGGCGAAUUCCUGUCUCCGGGUUUUCAAGCCAUCCGUUUAAAAUCCACCUCUCUCGCGCGCUGCAAGCUCGGGCUGUCUGGGGAAGCGAGGGACUGAACGUAUAGGAAGAAGGACGCAGAAAGGGGAGUGGAGGCAACUGGAGGUGGCCGGGGAAGGGCUGAGCUCGGCGACCGCUUUGCAGGCGCGAUUGGGGAUCGACUGAGGGAGAUCAUGGGGGAUCACUCGCCUGCCGAUCCCGGCUGCUAGCAAGUGGAGGAGGAGGAGGUGGAAGAGGAGCGGCAGAAACAGCCCAGUUUGGAAAGCACCCGGAGUGGGCGAGUCGCUUGCUUGGAUUUGCACCGGUGGUUUUGGGUGGCUCGAACGACCGGCGGGAUCGCGAUCGACCGGGACCGCUUCGCCAUGCCUUUUGCCAAGCGGAUCGUGGAGCCUCAGUGGCUCUGCAGGCAGCAGCAGGUCGCCUCUGUGCUGGACGAGAACCCAGGCGGCGAUCCUGCCCCCGGCAGCCCGCGAGAGGAGCCCGGGGAAGCGGCCAGCGAGCCGGAGGAAGAGGCUGCAGCCGCCGCCGGGCUGGCUGUGGCGCCCGCCGACGGGAAGGAGGGCGAAGCCGAGGAGACGCUGGUGAUGCUGGACCUGGGCUCGGUCAGCAACGUGGCUCUCUCGCGGAUCCUCCGGCAGCUCUCCGACGUGGCCAGGCAUGCCUGCGCCCUCUUUCAGGAGAUCGAAGGCGAGAUCCAGGUCACCCACCGCAGGGUCCGGGCGCUGCACAGCAAGAUCGGCGGCGUCCAGGGGGUUCUCCACACCCUCGACCCCAAGCAGGAGGCAGUGCCUGUCUCAAAUCUGGAUACAGAGAGUAAAUUGAGUGUGUACUACCGUGCACCUUGGCAUCAGCAAAGAAGCAUUUUUCUUCCUUCCACCAGACCAGCUUGUGUAGAGGAGCUGCAUCGUCAUGCCAAGCAACACUUGCGAGCUUUGAGGAAAGAGCAACGGAAUCGGGACAGAGAACAGAAAGUCCUGGGUCCAGUUUCUGUGGUGGCUCCCCCAUUUCCCUCUUUCCCUGCAGUCUACAGUCAGAAAAUCAAAGAGACAAAGGACCGCCCCUCACUAAAAUUUUACAGCACCCGCUCGCCCUCCCCCACUGAGUGUUGCCACAUGACCCCAUGGAGUAGAAAGUCACACCCUCCAGAGGAAGAAGAUACAGAUGUCAUGUUAGGGCAGAGGCCGAAAAAUCCAAUACAUAAUAUUCCUUCUACACUGGAUAAGCAAACCAAUUGGAGCAAAGCACUACCUCUCCCAACUCCAGAGGAGAAAAUGAAACAAGAUGCCCAAGUGAUUUCCUCUUGCAUUAUCCCCAUCAAUGUCACUGGAGUUGGUUUUGACAGAGAGGCUAGUAUACGCUGCUCUCUUGUUCACUCACAAUCAGUACUACAGCGGAGACGGAAAUUGAGAAGGAGGAAAACCAUCUCUGGCAUCCCCAGAAGAGUCCAACAAGAAAUAGAUUCUGACGAAUCACCGGUAGCAAGAGAACGGAAUGUGAUUGUGCAUGCAAAUCCAGACUUUUCUAAUAACAUCAACAGAAGGUCAGGCACUAGGGAUUCUGAGUGCCAGACAGAAGAAAUCCUCAUUGCUGCUCCAUCUAGAAGAAGAAUCCGAGCACAGAGGGGUCAGAGUGUAGUAGCUUCCCUGUCUCAUUCAGCUGGAAACAUAUUGGUGCUGACGGACAACGGUGAUGCCAUGUUUACAACAUCAGUAAGCAACCGAGUCCGAUCAAGGAGUCUUCCUCGUGAAGGUGCUAGAGCCAAUGAAGUGGAUCACAAAACUAGUGCCAAAAUGCCAGCAUAUGAUGCAGAACACUUUUUAGUAAACCAAGAAAGAAUAUCUACAAACAGCAAGGAUGGCAUCAAUAAUCCGUGUUCAAAAGAACACCAUCCUAUAGGCUUAACCUGUUCUCAGUAUUUUCAUAGUCCAGAUCGUAGCUCAAAUGAGAGAGGAAGGUCAAGGCUAUCGAGGAUGGCAGAUUCUGGAAGUUGUGAUAUUUCAUCAAAUUCUGACACAUUUGGAAGCCCUAUUCACUCUAUUUCCACAGCUGGAGUCCUUCUCAGUAGUCACAUGGAUCAGAAAGAUGAUCACCAAUCAUCCAGUGGCAACUGGAGUGGAAGCAGUUCAACAUGUCCUUCCCAAACAUCAGAAACUAUUCCGCCUGCUGCCUCCCCACCACUCACUGGCUCUUCGCACUGUGAUUCAGAGUUGUCACUGAACAUUGCCCCUAAUGCCAAUGAAGAUUCAAGUGUUUUCAUAACAGAUCACUACAGUGAUCAAAUAGAUAAGAUUAGAGGUCACCGGACGAGUUCCUUCACUUCCACUGUGGCUGACUUGCUUGAUGAUCCUAAUAACAGCAACACAAGCGACAGUGAAUGGAAUUAUUUGCAUCAUCAUCAUGAUGCAUCUUGCCGGCAAGAUUUCAGCCCUGAGCAUCCUAAGGCAGACAGUUUGGGAUGCCCAAGUUUUACAAGCAUGGCCACUUAUGAUAGUUUUAUAGAAAAGACCCCAUCUGACAAAGCAGACACAAGUUCACAUUUUUCUGUUGACACUGAAGGCUACUAUACUUCCAUGCACUUUGACUGUGGUCUCAAGGGAAGUAAAAGUUAUAUUUGUAACUAUGCAGCUGUGGGCUCUGAGAGUGGCCAGAAUGCAAGCGUUGCUUCCAAUUUCACUAACUGUGCCUGGCAGGAUUAUGUAAACCAUAGGAGGCAAGGAAAACAGAGCAUCUCUCUUAAGAAACCAAAGGCAAAGCCAGCCCCACCAAAACGCAGUUCAUCUUUAAGGAAAUCUGACAGCAGCACAGAUAUUCCUGAGAAGAAAGAACCAAAGAUAAGCAGUGGGCAGCAGCACAUGCCUCACACAUCCAGGGAAAUGAAGCUGCCCCUUGAGUUUUCAAACACACCUUCAAGAGUAGAAACCACUAAUCUGCCAAGCAACCAGGAGCACUCUUGGGAUAAUCAGGAUGAGAGUGGACUAAAGGAUCCUCAGUUUGACACCAUGGACAUCCCAUCAUUUAAAGAUGAAGGUGCUGAACAAUCUCACUAUGCAGAUCUCUGGCUUCUCAAUGACUUGAAAUCUAAUGACCCUUAUAGGUCUUUAUCCAAUUCUAGCACUGCUACGGGUACUACAGUCAUAGAAUGCAUAAAGUCACCAGAAAGUUCUGAAUCACAAACAUCACAGUCUGGAUCAAGAGCUACUACUCCAUCCCUCCCUUCUGUUGAGAACGAGUUUAAGCUGGCUUCCCCAGAAAAGUUGGCUGGCUUAGCUUCUCCCUCGAGUGGUUAUUCCAGUCAGUCUGAAACACCAACGUCUUCUUUUCCCACAGCUUUCUUUUCUGGACCCUUAUCUCCAGGAGGGAGUAAAAGGAAGCCAAAAGUACCAGAAAGGAAGUCCUCAUUGCAACCGCCUGUUUCUAAAGAUGGCAGCAUAUCUCUUAACAAAGAUCUAGAACUUCCGGUUAUACCUCCUACUCAUCUUGACCUAAGUGCUCUUCAUACUGUCUUGAAUAAACCAUAUACUCACAGACACCAACUCCAUGCUUUUAGUAAUAAACAGAAUAUGGUAGAAGAAGCACUAAACUCUAAUUCUCCUCAAGCCCUUGCUAUUACACCUUCAGUUCUGAAGUCUGUACAUCUUCGAUCGGUUAAUAAGUCUGAAGAAGUGAAACAAAAAGGUAAUACAGACCUUCUGCACAUUCGAGGAAACACUUUGAUGGUGACAUCUAUUUCUUCAGGUAAAAUGAAAUCACAUGUAAGCAAGAAACAAAUAUCACGCCAAUAUUCCAUGGAAGAUGCCAUAGUUUCCUAUAUUGAUGCUUCUCCAGUGUGGAUAAGCCCAGAAAAACUGCAAUCAGAACACAAUUUGACUUUCAGUGGAAAAAGUGUCUGUAAAGAGUCCUUAUCCUCAGUGAAUGUGGGUGCUCCAGUUGGUAAAUAUGUAACAGAGCAAGUGCAUGCAGUUCAUGAGGUUUUACUUGACAAUCCCCUAAGUAAACCUGGUAGUAGUUCUGCUGAAGGGUUUCCAAAAAGUUCAGCAAUCUUUUCAAGCAGUUCUGAAGGGCAGAUAACCUCUUUUGGCUUUGGUCAGGAGACUAGUCUUGAACUUGUGCAGCUUCAGAAAGAAUUGUACGCACACUGUGAACAAAAGUUGGAACCUGAAACUGUGAAUGAAAACAUAUCCCAGUCUGACUCCUCAGGUGGGGGAACAGACAUUAGUCAUCGGUUAAAGCAUCAGCUUGAUAUAAGCUAUCCUGAUGACAAAGUGCCUGAGAAUAUCAGCUAUGAAUCCGAGAUCUUAACUGUAGAGUCACUCAGUGAAAAAUGUUCUGAGCAGGAAAAUGAUAUUGCGUCAGGUAUUCCAACCAAAAGUGCCUCAGAUGACAAUGACGGCAGAGCUGCUGAGACACAAAGGACUCUGGAUGAUGAUGAUUUCAGAGAAUCUUCUCUGAGUGAUGAUUCCAUAAUUUCACCCUUAAGUGAAGACUCUCAAGUUGAAACAGAAGAUGCUUUUGUGUCUCCAAAUAGGCCUCGAACAACAGAGGAUUUAUUUGCAGUCAUUCACCGGUCAAAAAGGAAAGUGCUUGGAAGAAAGGAUUCUGGAGAUCUGUCCACAAGAAACAGAUUAAGAGCUUCAUCUAGUACUAGUAGUUUGUCUCCUGCCACCAGUACAUCAGCUGCAUGUAAUCCUCUUCCUACUGCUGCUGGGGCAAGCACCGCCUGCAGCCAGAGGUCUCCUGGACUCAUUUACAGGAAUGCCAAGAAGUCCAACACUUCUAAUGAAGAAUUCAAAUUGCUGCUCCUGAAAAAGGGAAGUAGAUCAGAUUCUAGCUACAGGAUGUCAGCCACUGAGAUAUUGAAGAGUCCUGUUUCCCCCAAGUCUCCUGGAGAAACAAUUGCAGAUACUUUUUUAACUGCGGAUGAGUCUUCCCAAGUCUCAUCAGGUGCUGAGGCAUUAGCUCCUCUCUCCCCUUGCCCUCCAAGAAUAAAUGCAGAAGGGUUUUCUUCCAAAAGUUUUCCUACAUCAGCAUCUUCACGCGUAGGACGGUCACGGGCACCCCCAGCAGCCAGCAGCAGCCGGUACAGUGUCCGCUGUAGACUGUACAAUACCCCAAUGCAAGCUAUUUCAGAAGGGGAGACUGAAAAUUCAGAUGGAAGCCCUCACGAUGACCGAUCCUCACAGAGCUCAACAUAGGCUUCAUACGUGCCAGAGAACACUUCUGACUGUUAAUGGGAGAACUCUGCAAAUUGCUUGGUUCAUGCGCAUAUGAGAGCAGGCCAAUUCUGUAGCAGUCAAAUAACAUGCAGGGCAAUACUGAUGCUUGAAAACGCUUACUGAGGAUGCUGGAAGAAGAGACUGUAGCUAUUUAUUACGUCACAUUUUCUAGAAUGAGAAUCAUAUUCUCAGUGGUUAAUUUCCCUUUUAAUGUAAUCACAUUUCCUGUCAUGGGUGUAGAUUUUCAUCCCCCCCCCCCCCCAAAGCUGCCCAUUUAGGAACAAGAACACUACACUUGCUGAUGUGCUUCCUGAGGGAAAAACAUGAACUUGCUUGAGGUAUUGGUAUUUUUUUACACUAAAGUGAGUGGAAACAAAAUUUAGAAGACAUGAACAAAACAGAUGUAUAUAUCCAUAUUUUUGAUAAGCAUUUGUAAAUAGAAUUAUCAGAAAAAAGUUGGUAGCCAAUGACAACCUUGUUGAAACACAUAAAUGUUAAAAGGUAAUGACUGUAUUCUGUGAAUACAAUUUUCAUAUCAAACAUAAUUUACAUAUCUACAACAUCCAGAGUUCGGCAAUUAAAGCCUGAAAUGUGAAUUUUAACACUUGAAUGAAAGGAAAUACAAAACUAACAAUGCUCAAAGUUUAACAGUCUCAAGUUAAGUUUAUAAUAUCUGAUUUACUAUCAAAUAUGCUUUCCUUAACAAGGCAAUUUCAAAUUCAGUUUAUGUCAGAAGGCUUAUAGGCACUAUAUACACCAGCAAUGUGUAGAUCUAGCCAGCUUUUUGUUCUAUCUCAUCAAUAACAUUCCUUAUUACAGCUCCCACCAUACAUGGGUUUGUCCAUUAAGGUCUCAUAACCUCAGACAUAGACUUUUUAGUAGUCAAAAGGGACCAUGACCAUUGUUUUUCAUCAGUCAAAAAGCUGGUUGGAUACAACCUCUUUGUAACCCAGGUUGUGGAUUCCCCCAUGCUCUGCAAAUUGUAGUUAUGUGAAAGCUGAUGGGAAUGCCUAUUCACUUGCCCUUGGCUUUUCUCUGGAUUUUUUUACAUUUCUUUUGUUUCCAUUUUAGACAUUCCUUCUCUGCAUCAUUAUCUUGCCUAGUGAUGAGGGUUCUAACAUGGGAAAAAAUGGUUGAGUGCAAAAUGCCGAAGGAUUCCAGAAGUUAUGUUGGGAACUGUGACUUUUCUUAACAAAUCCAAGAGCCAGCUCCUAUAUUCAGUUUUGGGUUGUGUGCUCUGAUUUUGCUACAGAAAAAUAGUUUAGAAUAAACAACAUUUCUUUUUACUAUUGAAGACUUGUAGGCACUCCACAGAACAUGCUGAAAUACAGAUCUAUCACCCAAAGGCUGAAAGUCAAAAGCAUAAGCAACAGUAUAUAAAAUACUUAAAAACUAAGAGGAAAAGAGAAUUAAAAUUGAAGGCAUAGGAGUUUCAUCAUACUCAAAAUCAAUUAACCAAAUAUCAGAAAAGCAACAAGAGGCAAAGCUAAAGAAAAUUAACCUGCAAGAGAACCAGCAGAACAGAAAAACUGAGAUGGAUAUUUUAAUAUGCAAGAGGUAGAUGGUGAAUUCAGUUAGCUAUAAAAUUAAAUGUGAAAUGGAAAAGGUAAGCCUGUGUAAUUCGGGCCUUUUCUGCACAAGUUGUUUACAACAUAUCUUGCUGCCAAAUGCUACAGUUUUUUUUCCUUUUAACUUUGCAUGUUUUUUCUUCCAUUUAGUUCUGGAAAAAAAUUCUUCAUUUUUCCUCCAUUGUUUUCCCAAGGACUUUUAGUGCAAUGCUUUUUUGGUCUGUUUCCAAGCCAGCUUCCCUUGAGCAUGCAAUCAUGUUAAAAUGAUCUUCAUUUCUUCUUCCCUACCCUGUUUCCCCGAAUAUAAGACAUCCCCAGAAAAUAAGACGUAGUAGAGGUUUUGCUGAAGUGCGAAAUAUAAGGCAUCCCCCAAAAGUAAGAUGUAGCAAAGUUUUUGUUUGGAAGCGUGCCUGACGAACAGAAUACAGAAAUAUAAGACAUCCUCUGAAAAUAAGACAUAGCGCAUCUUUGGGAGCAAAAAUUAACUGUCUUAUAUUCGGGGAAACACGGUAUCAAACACCCGGCUCUUAUUCAUGCCCUUGUGUAGUGGGCUAAUCUCCCCUCCAGCCAUUUUCUCCUCCCCCCAUCCUCCAAUUUCAAAGGAAUUUAACCAAAAUCUUUUUGUCGUGUCACUGUAGCUACAUAAUGUUAGUGUACCAACACAAGCCAGAUUGAUUGUGUCAGCUUUGUCAAUUUCAUCUUGUGUUAGGGAUGUAAGGUUAAGGAGCAGGUACAUUGUAUCUGCAGUUAGGAGCAAGUGAAAUUGACAAGGGAAAUUGCUUUUGCAGGAGGAAAUUGACAAGGGUCUGCUGCAGUAAUGAACAGGUGUUACAGCAGCUCUAAUUUGGCCAAACAAUAUGAUGAAGUUUGCAUUCAUAAAAAUAAGAAGGGCAGCAGCGUGCAAAACAGAAGCAAGACAAAAUAUAUGUGGUCCUGUCAAAUGACUACAAUCUGGGAUGAUAUGAGGUAAGACAAACUAAAAGAUCAUUACAAGGAGUAAAAUGAAGCAAAAUAAAUGGGGAGGAGAGGAGUUGCUAUGGUAUUACACAGAGCAUCUCCAGACUCCAUCUUUUACAAUAAAGUCAAGAGAUCAUUUUUAGUUAGCCAUUAGACAAACAUUUUGUAAUUCUAUCAAAAAAUCAACCAAUUAUUAAAACAUGCCAUGUAGGCACUACUAACAUUAUAUCCAGGAAAUGACUGCUGUGCUUGGACAAAGAUUAUUUUACAUAUGUUAAAUGAGUUUCUCAUGAAUGUUUUAAAAAAUUCACAAAACUAAGUCUGUUUUAACUGCAACAGUGAUACAAUUCUGCCUCACAGCCUACCAAAAAACCACAUCUUUUUAUGCAAAACUUAGAAUGGUUCCCAUGUUCUAAUUCCUUAUUCAAAAUCAUUAAUAUGAACCAGUGAGGUGUAGCACAGGAAGACCUGAGUUCAAGUCUCUUUAACUAUGAAGCCUGAGGCACUGGGCCUAACACUAUUUUGCAGACUGGUUGGUUGUUAAGAUUACAUAACAGGUUGGUUGUAAAGAUUAAACUGGCUAAGUCUAUUUAUGCUGCCUUUAAUGCCACGUAUGAAAUAAGAUGAUUAAAUGGAUGAUGCAACUACUAUCCUUUCCAUAUGCAUGCUGUGGAAUAACAAAACUAAUUUCACUGUCAUAUUUAACAAUGCAAUAGUAAUAUCAAAGAUGCAGUUUUGUCAGUAUGUUGCAGCAAAAAUACAGAUAUCACCUCAAUAGCAAAAACAUGGCAAAAUAACUAAUCAAUGAUAGCCAUCUUUACAAGCACUUGGAGAUUCUCAGAACCUUCAUUCAACUACAGUUUCCAGAGUUUCUUGGGGGAGCCCUUCUCAGUUGACAUUAUUUAAAUUGUAGUGCCGCUGUAAUUUAUUAAUAAUUGUUUGGUAUCAAAAUCACAUUUGUACCAGAAAAAAAUAUAUAAAGCCCCAGGUUGUCACACUUUACUGUGAUAUUUACCACCUAAUUUGGUUGAUGAUUGUAAUUAUGAUAAAUAUGAGGAAACUUAAUUUAUUUUCAUAUCAUUAUUAGGUGGAUGGGAGACCUAGUCAAUAAUCUGGUGAUUAAAGUCUUGAAACUGAAUUAGUUUCAUGUUCAUAAAAUAGCUAUUAAGCAUGCAACAAAUCCUGUUGAUUUAUCCAUACAAUUGUGUAAUAACCUUUCAGUGAAGCUUUGUACUGAAAACAUUCAUGCUACCUAAAUAUGUAGAGAAAUGACACUGUGAAAACAAAUAGUUGAGAAAUAAGUAUGUGUAUGCAUUCUUUAUAUUGAUUAUUCAGCUUGGUAUGGGAAAACUCUCUGGUACAACACACAAGCCACGUACAGUUCAGUUUCAUUCUGUCAUGGGUUUGACAGAGUGGGAUACACUGGGGUGGGGAGAAAAUGAAUGAGAAAAUAUCUGAAAUGAAAGCUGGAUUACUUGAAGCUACUAGAAUUGAGAAAACUAAAAGCAAAAGCAAGUUGAUAGAUCAAACCACAAUUAGGGGGUUUAAAAAUCAUCUUCAUAUGUACAAAAUAAAGUUAUUUUUUAAAAGCAGAAUAUUUUCCCUAGAUACAUUAAUUAUUGAAUUACGUACCUAACAAACCAGGUGAAUGUUUAGGCCCAGGUUUGUAGAAUACAGUCCAUUGAUAUUAACUGUGGGAUAUGUUUUUGAAUGCAGGUAAGUUCAAUGCAGUGAAGAGUUUUGAGAAGGAACAUGGUGUGGAGUACAUGUUGAGUAGAAUGACUGAAUGAAUAAAGCUGGUAAUGUAGCAAGUUGGCAUCAAGGAGGAGUAAGUUAUAAUAGGAAUGUAAGUGGAGUAAAAGGUAGGGGGCAGUUUAUUUUGCUCAUGAGAUGUCUUAAGAUCAAUCUUUAAUUAGAUAAAUUAUUUUAAUUAAUGACAUUAGCCUCGGUUCUAGUCAGUGGGCUCAUGAAAAAGCAUACAACUAUUUUUAAGCAUAAUUACUGUGCUCCUGUGUAGCAAGAAACGGAUGGUCAGCAAGUGUAAAAAAGAGCAAAGUGGAUAGGAGAUUACUUGCCCAGUUCUAAGACUUGCCAUGCUGACCAAUAAUAAUUAGAAAGGGCAUAACCAAGCCCCAGCUGUGACAAUAUUCUGGCACAUUGCAGAAGUAUUUUGCAGGUGGGAAAAGGCAGCUAUGUUGGAACAGUGUUUAGGAACUGUGUGCCAGAUAGCAAUAUAAGCCUGUUUAAGCCCUCUAAGCUUGGGCAGAGAUGUUUAAAGAAGGGAGUUAGUGUUGGAAGCAAGCCUUACCGAUUGUAACUAAUAGGCGAGCUCUAAAAAGUGGUCUAGAAGCAAGUGAAAUGGGAUGCAGUGGUGAAUUAACAAGAUCCAUAUACGGUUAAUUUAAAUGAAUCAAAAAAUCUUGAGAGGCAAAAGUGCCAUUUCAGAUCAUUUUUCUUAAAAUUACUGCCAGUAGCACUCUUAUAGCCUGACUCUAUAGCUGUCUAUGCCUCAGAUGUAUAAUCGGACUGGGGAGUGGGGGCAGGAUCUGAGUAGCUUUAUUGUUAACAAGCAAAUAUUUAGGAUCAGGGUGCCAAAUUCAUUUGUGAAAAGUGCUAUCAGUGCUUUAUGCUACAACUGUAACAGAAAACAACUGAAUUGGUUUUUCUAAGAUGUUAGUCCUGUGGGUGCCAUCCACAAUCCUUUGAAGCAAAUUAGUUCAUGUGGAUAACACUCCAAAACAUUUAUUGAUUUCAUAUUAAUACCAGAGAUCUAUAUAAAUAUAUAUAUAAAUAUAUAUAUAAAUACAUACAACUUGAACUAGAAGGAAAUGAAACACCUUCUUAUGGAAUGCUCACAGAACUAUCAGAAAUACUUAUUUUGUUUACUCAAAAUCUAUGACAAAGUGUGUCUAUUUUCUAUUUAUCAGAUUAAAGCCCAAAUCAAGUUGGAUUGCAAAUCGUCACUUAAAAAUCAUAUUUUGCAACGAAUACCCUAAUCAAGCAAGUUGGAUAGGCAUGCGGAGUUCAAAUUGGGGAAGAGACUCUACUUUGCGCAUGUGGUGCCAUUCUGCCACAGAAAUAAAUUAGAAUGGCAUCUAUACGCAAGCAUUGUGCAUGAACAGAACUGUAUACCGAGUUCUGGAUCAGGAUGAUAAAUGUUGGGGAUUGAAACUAACUGAAGGAACUAUAGUGCAAUUAUAUGCCUUCAGAGCCCUCAAAACAAAAUAAAAUUAAGUAACAUCACAUCUUAAAACAGGGUAUAUAAUGCAUACGUUGAGUAACAUGUGAACCACAAUUCCAACUUGCAAAUUCUGUUGUUUGCACUGUUUAAAAAAAUUUGAAAUUAUGCAGCUGUUUGCGUUGUUUUCUUUUACUUACUUUUAAAAAAUAUUAUGGCAUCAUAAAUAUUAUGGAUUAGCUGUAGCAAAUAAAGCUUAUGUUUGCAUUUGCCAAAGGUCACUGAUAGAGUGCAUUUGCUGCGAUUGUGGCAGAUUUAGAGAAAUACUGUAGGUUAUGACUUAAAAGUUUAAAAACCAAUUAAGAAGGUUACAGUGUAACUAUUUUGGUACUAGCACCAGUGCAAGCUGGCAGAAGAGACAAUGGUUUAUGGACUUGCAUCCAUUUUGUAUUUUUGUAAUAUUUGUAAAUACAAACUUUUUAAAUUGUUGCAAAGAUGGUUUUUUUUGUAAAAUGUUUUCAAAGUUUACAUUAAAUCCAAGCCUUUGUAUAUUUUAGAGCUGUGCAACACUUUUAAGUCUUGUAUUUAUUUUUAGUAAAAACAGUGCGUUUCAUUGUGAACCCCCUCUCUAAAAUGUGUCAGAAAAGUUUGAUUAUUUAGAAAGUGUGCAUAGAAACUGCAAAUAAACGUGAUUGCAAUUGAA